AUGUCAACGUUCUCCAAAGAGGACAAUGAAGAAUUAGAAGCUGCUGCCAGAACAGGAAACCUCUCAGAAAUAGCAGUGAAACUGAAAAAGUCUCUAGAGUCAUCAGAAAAUACCCCACUGCACAUUGCAGUCACAGGGAAUUCAGGCUCUGGAAAAUCAUCCUUUGUCAAUGCCAUCUUGGGACUGGGAGAUGAAGAUGACGGUUCCGCUGAAACUGGGGUGGUAGAAAAAACGAUGGAGCCAAAGGCUUAUCCCCACCCUGUACUCCCCAAUGUAAUAAUGUGGGACCUGCCAGGAAUCGGGACACCCAAUUUUCAGCCAGACAAAUACCUCAAGCAGGUAAAAUUCAACAGCUAUGACUUCUUCAUCAUCAUUGCCUCAGAGCGCUUCACUUCCCACCACACCAACCUCGCCCAGGAGAUUCACAAGAUGGGGAAGAGGUUUUACUACGUGCGCUCCAAAGUGGAUGCCGACAUGUACGCAGCUCAGAUCCGCCGGCCCAGCACCUACAAUGAGGAACAGAUCCUGCAGGGCAUCCGGGACAACUGCAUCAAGAACCUGAGGGAAGCAGAUGAGGCCUCCCCACGGGUUUUCCUGAUCUCCAAUUGGGAACUGCUUAAAUAUGAUUUCCACUUGCUGCAGGAGACACUGGAGCAGGAACUGGAUGCUCACAAAAGACUCACUUUCAUCCUGGCCCUGCCCAACAUCUCGGCAAAGAUCCUGGAAAAGAAAAAGGCUGAACUGAAGAAGGAGAUAUGGAAACUAGCUCUUGUGUCUUCUGCUGCCGCUGCCAUCCCUCUCCCAGGUCUUGGUCUUGCUUGUGAUAUUACCAUCCUGGUGACAUCCAUGAGACAUUACUGUAAGGCCUUUGGACUGGAUAGAACCUCACUCACUAAUCUUGCCAACAGGGUGGGAACGACCGUCUCAGAGCUGAGGGCGGUUAUAAAGUUCCCACUGGCUGCAGAAAUAUCUAAAGAGCUUGUAAUCAAGCUGCUAAGCAAGGCUGCAUGUGGUGCAGCGAUGGCAGCUGAAGCAGCUCUGAGUUUUAUCCCAGUACCAGUGGUGGGGUCUCUGCUAGCUGCAGGAGUUUCUUUCGGGACCACGUACUACAUGCUGCAGAGCUUUCUGGAUGAGGCUGUGGAAGAUGCUCAGAAAGUUCUGAGCAAGGCUCUUGAGGAUGAAAAAUUCAAAUAA